UAGGGGAGGGGGGGGAGAAGGAGCUUGGUGGCGGCCCUUCUUUCUCUCGCCCUCACUGCCCGGCGUCCCAGCUCCAGGCACCAUGUUCCCGGCGCGUUUCCCCAGCCACCCCUUCUUCUGGCCCCCACUGCUGCAGAUGUUGCUGCUGCUCUCGCACGCUGUGGGGAGGGGGCUGGGCCGCGCCAGCCCAGCCGGGGGCCCCCUGGAAGACGUGGUCAUCGAGAGGUACCACAUCCCCAGGGCCUGUCCCAGGGAGGUGCAGAUGGGGGAUUUUGUGCGCUACCACUACAACGGCACUUUCCAGGAUGGCAAGAAGUUUGACUCGAGCUACGACCGCAGCACUCUGGCGGCCAUCGUGGUGGGUGUGGGGCGUCUCAUCACUGGCAUGGACCGGGGCCUCAUGGGCAUGUGCGUCAACGAGCGGCGGCGCCUCAUCGUGCCUCCCCACCUGGCCUACGGCAGCAUCGGCUUGGCGGGGCUCAUUCCCCCGGACGCCACGCUGUACUUUGACGUGGUCCUGCUGGACGUGUGGAACAAGGCGGACACGGUGCAGGUGAGCACCCUGCUGCGCCCGCCCCUCUGCCCCCGCAUGGUCCAGGACGGCGACUUCGUCCGCUACCACUACAACGGCACACUGCUGGACGGCACCACCUUCGACACUAGCUACAGCAAAGGCGGCACUUACGACACGUACGUGGGCUCGGGCUGGCUGAUCAAGGGCAUGGACCAGGGGCUGCUGGGCACGUGUCCUGGAGAGAGAAGGAAGAUCACCAUCCCUCCGUUCCUGGCCUAUGGCGAGAAAGGCUACGGGACUGUGAUCCCCCCGCAGGCCUCCCUGGUCUUCCACGUCCUACUGAUCGACCUCCACAACCCGAAGGACAUGGUCCAGCUGGAGACCCUGGAGCUACCGCCUGGCUGUGUCCGCAGAGCCGUGGCCGGCGACUUCAUGCGCUACCACUACAACGGCUCGCUGAUGGACGGCACCCUCUUCGAUUCCAGCUACUCCCGAAACCACACGUACAACACCUACGUGGGGCAGGGUUACAUCAUCCCGGGAAUGGACCAGGGGCUGCAGGGCGUCUGCAUGGGGGAGCGCCGGAGGAUCACCAUCCCCCCGCACCUGGCCUACGGGGAGAACGGGACUGGAGACAAGAUCCCCGGCUCGGCCGUGCUGAUCUUCGACGUCCAUGUCAUCGACUUCCACAACCCCGCGGAUCCCGUGGAAAUCAAGACCCUGUCUCGGCCCCCGGAGACCUGCAACGAGACCUCCAAAACCGGGGACUUCGUCCGCUACCACUACAACUGCUCCCUGCUGGACGGCACCAGGCUCUUCUCCUCGCAUGACUAUGAGGCCCCCCAGGAGGCCACUCUUGGGGCCAAGAAGGUGAUCGAGGGCCUGGACACGGGCCUGCAGGGCAUGUGCGUGGGAGAGAGGCGGCAGCUUGUGGUCCCCCCGCACCUGGCCCACGGGGAGAGCGGAGCCCGGGGUGUCCCUGGCAGUGCUGUGCUGCUGUUUGAGGUGGAGCUGGUGUCCCGGGAGGAGGGACUGCCGGAGGGCUACCUGUUCGUGUGGCAUGAGGACCCUCCCGCCAACCUGUUUGAAGACCUGGACCUCAAUAAAGAUGGCGAGGUCCUUCCUGAGGAGUUCUCCACCUUCAUCAAGACUCAAGUCAGUGAGGGCAAAGGACGCCUCCUGCCGGGGCAGGACUCGGAGAAAACCAUAGGCGACAUGUUCCAGAACCAGGACCGCAACCAGGACGGCAAGAUCACCGCCGAGGAGCUCAAGCUGAAGUCGGACGAGGACCAGGAGCUGGUUCACGAGGAGCUCUGAGGGCGGAGGGAGCUGGGGCCUGGGCCCAGACACCAGCGCCCACUCCUGGGGGACAGUGGGCGGGGGCGUUGACUUCCAGCGGUCACCCCGCACUCUUCUGGGGUGAGGUGUGAGAGCGUCUGCAGGGCGGUCAGAGCGGACGACUCUGGUGUCCCUGCCAGCCCGAGAGAGACAUCCACCGCACAGACCUCCUCCUCGGGCUUUCUCGUCCAGCCCACACCAUCCAACCCACACGGACUCCCUCACGAGUUUCGGAGUCACAC